AGCGAGCUUUCACUUGGGCCGUCGAGACUCGCGAACACCGCAUCCACCACCGCUCCUCCCACACCACACCACAGGCCAUGGCAUCUCGAAGGCUGGCGCUGAGCCUGCAGUCGGGUCUCCGCGCCCAGCGCGCCAUCAACGCCGUCAAGGCCAGCAUCACCCGCCGGGCUCUGGCGACUCCUGUUAGCCAUGGAUCCACCACCGAAUCGACCACGCUGAGCAACGGCUUCACGAUCGCUACGGAAUACUCUCCUUAUGCGCAGACGUCCACCGUCGGCGUGUGGAUUGACGCCGGCUCGCGCGCAGAGACGGAUAAGACCAACGGCACCGCACACUUCCUCGAGCACUUGGCCUUCAAGGGCACACAAAAGCGCAGCCAGUCGCAGUUGGAGCUCGAGAUUGAGAACAUGGGUGGACACCUCAACGCCUACACAUCUCGCGAGAACACCGUCUACUACGCCAAGAGCUUCAACAGCGAUGUGCCCGCCUCCGUCGACAUCCUUGCCGAUAUCCUGCAGAACAGCAAGCUGGAGAACUCUGCCAUUGAGCGCGAGAGGGAUGUUAUCCUCCGCGAGCAGGAAGAGGUGGACAAGCAAUUAGAGGAGGUUGUCUUCGACCACUUGCACGCAACCGCCUUCCAGAACCAGGCCCUCGGCCGCACCAUCCUGGGUCCAAAGGAGAACAUUCUGAGCAUCCAGCGCAACGAUCUUGAGAACUAUAUCAAGACCAACUACACUGCUGACCGUAUGGUCCUUGUCGGUGCUGGUGGCGUCCCUCACGAUCAGAUGGUCCAGCUUGCUGAGAAGUACUUCGCCAACAUUCCAGCAUACAACCCCAACGCACAGAACAACGCUUUCCAGCGUGGUCUGGGCUCAAAGCCAGACUUUGUUGGAUCCGAGGUCAGGAUACGAGAUGACACGCUGCCUACUGCCAACAUCGCAAUUGCAGUUGAGGGUGUCAGCUGGAAGGACGAUGAUUACUUCACUGCGCUUGUAACACAGGCCAUUGUUGGGAACUGGGACCGCAGCAUGGGCAAUUCUCCAUACCUCGGCUCCAAGCUCUCGACCUUCGUCCACGACCACAAGCUCGCCAACUCUUUCAUGUCCUUCUCGACUUCAUACUCCGACACUGGUCUCUGGGGAAUUUACCUUGUGACCGAUGCCGUGACUCGCAUUGAUGAUCUUGUCCACUUCACCCUCCGCGAAUGGUCUCGUCUGUCUUUCAACGUCACUGAGGCCGAGACUGAGCGUGCCAAGCAGCAGCUCAAGGCAUCGAUCCUCCUCUCGCUCGACGGCACCACCGCAGUCGCGGAGGACAUUGGACGACAAAUCAUCACCACCGGCCGCCGACUUGCACCAGAGGAGGUUGAGCGAGUAGUCGGAGCCAUCACAGCCAAGGACGUCAUGCGAUUCGCACAAGAGAAGCUGUGGGAUCGUGAUAUUGCCGUCUCGGCUGUUGGACAAAUCGAGGGUCUACUCGACUACAACAGAAUCCGCAACGAUAUGAGCCGGAAUUUGUCAUAGACGAGGAGUGAUGAUAGAAGGGGGGUGGAGAAGGGGAGACAGAGGUGGUGUGUAGCAACAAAAAAGAGAAACACAGUGUAAUCUCAUAGAAACCACAUCUCCUCGAGGUCUAUCUUCGUCGAGAGCUGCUCAGCGCGCGCUGUUGAACGAAUGUAGAUUUUGUUGUGUAUAUUUAGCACAUUGUUUUGAGCUUCACCUUUUCCUUCGAGUCUAGGCCACUUCUGAGAUCGUCAGUAUUCA